AUGGCUUCAGCGUUACUAGGAAAUCUUAUGAAUUCGGUACUGGAGGACGUCUCGUCCGAGUAUGACGCCCUACCUGGUGCCAAAGCGCCGGUAGAUCUUAAGGUGGCAGGACGUAUACGCAUUCUGGGUACUCCCGCCGAAGAGGGUGGUGGCGGUAAGGUGAAGCUCAUCGAAGCCCGUGCCUUCACUCCACGAGAGGAUAUAGCAGCCGCUUUUAUGAUCCACCCUAUAUCUUAA